AGGAAUAUCGAGCCUGAUAUUUAUAUGGCGUACGUUUCUGAUUAAUGCCAUAUGCCACAUUUGUUUGAGUAACAGGAGACAUGUACUGUUAUCAGUUUCUUUUUUUGUUGUCUUCUGUGAAAUGGUAUCCUGGCCACGUGUUAACUCAUAACUGAAUCGAUUUGCGUUUUUAUUUUUUUUAAAUAUUUUUUUUUAUUUUUUUGGAAGAUUGUAGAGCGUUACAAAAAAAAUUACCUCUAACUAGUAGAAAUAUAAAAAAAUAUAUAUAUAUUUCUAAUUUCCUCCAAGGCAAAGAAAUAAGAGGCACGACGUGUAGCUGCGACUGGUAAUGAUCACUAAGGUAACAUAAUGUCCGGGGCUGAGGGCUACCCAGCAUGUCAGGUAUUAACAGAGCGAGUGUGAUUAAAUGUGGGAGGUAGGAGCUGUGAGGCUGGCGGAGAGCGCUGCUGCCGCUGCGAGCUGGAAACUACUGAAUGGGAAUCUAUCCGGCAACUUCACCAGACCUCUGUCUGACGGCGACACGGGGGCUCUGCGUAAAACCAAGCGGUGCGUCUCCAAGUCUGGGUCAGCCCAACUCACAGCCGGAGAGGACGCUCAAGUUGGAUCGGGCGAGCAGCUUUUCACUUGUUACCGGCGCUCGGCUCCCACUAACAUGCCUGCCAUCAAAAAGGAGAGGCUGGAUGGAGACGACAUGGCAUUGACUGCGUUCAACCAGUCCGAAUACCUGGCCCCUUUAAAUGCCACCGCUAUCCCCGUGGUGACCCCGCAUCCGCCGCCUUACGACCACAUUUUCGCCCAUCACCGUGCGUACUUGGGGCUCCACGACUCGGCGCUGCGUCACCAGCACCUCCACCAUCACACGGACGACUUAAUGCUGGAGAGGUUCUCCUCCAUCCCCGACUUUCAGCCUUUCUUCGACAACGGGGAGCCGUGCAUCGAGGUGGAGUGCGGGGAAAACAAGGCUUUGCUUUACAUCAAUAAACUGUGUCAAGGUAGCAAAGGACCCUCAAUUAAAUACAGGGGCGAGUGGCUCACCCCCAACGAGUUCCAGUUUGUCAGUGGACGAGAGACUGCCAAAGAUUGGAAACGGAGUAUAAGACACAAAGGGAAAAGUCUCAAGACUCUUAUGUCCAAAGGAAUCUUACAGGUGCAUCCUCCAAUCUGUGAUUGUCCUGGUUGUCGAAUUUCAUCUCCAGUGAACCGCGGGCGCUUGGCUGAAAAACGCACCAUCCCCCUUCCCCCCAACCGGGUUCCCAAGAAGGAGCUGGCCUCCAUCUUCAGCAGUGACGACAGCGAGGGCAGCGAGCGGGCCAGUGGGGAUCAUGCCCACAUCAAGCAGGAGGACGAGUUGCAUUACAGUAUAAUGAGAAAGAGUCGUGACAGUGACCUCUCUACAAUCAUCUCCAACCUGCACCACACCAGACAGCACGGCAUGCCCGAGGGCCAGUCAGCCUCUGAACACAACAGCAGUACUGGACACACAGAUGACCUUCUAGGCAAGAGGAGAAGCUUGUCUCCCAACAGCAGCAGCGAGUGUCCCUCUGACAGCAAGAAGUCACGUAGCGUUUCCCCCAAAGAGAACUCCCAGAGCCCGGUGGUGGAGGCAGGCGGCAGCCACAGCCACAUGAGCCCUGAGGAGCACUACAGGCGCAUGAUGUCAGCGCUCAGUGAGCAUGGAUCCUAUGAGGAGCAACAGCAACGCCUCUACCAGCUGGCAAGCAGCAUGGGUCUGCCCGGCCACGACAUGCUGCGUGCUCGCCAGGAGGCAUUGGCUGCAGCGGUGAGGAAUCCAGCGGCCUUAGAAGCUCACCUGCCCUCGGCGGGCAGCUCCUCCUCAUCCAGCCAGAGACGCAAGCAGGGUCUGCCGCAGCACCGUGACGCACAUUACACGGACAGGGAUCUGUCCCACCCUCCACCUCUCCUGUCCCCUCCAACUGCUCCUCAUAUCGCCUUAGGACCUCACCUGCGGCCUCCUUUCCUGGGCAUGCCCUCCGCUCUUUGCCAGGCCCCUGGUUAUGGUUUCCUUCAACCAGCUCAAGCUGAGAUCUUUGCUCGGCAACAGGAGAUGUUGAGGAAACAGAAUCUGGCCAGACUUGAGAUGUCAGCAGAGCUGCUGAGACAGAAAGAGUUGGAAAGUCUCCACCAGCGACAGCAACAGCAUCAACGUCUGCUGGGCUCCGACACACUGGGUGCUCUACCUCCUGGUCUUCCCUCGGACCACCCGGCCCUGCGGAGCCUCCACGACAUCCCAGAGGGACAUCCGCUCCGUGAGGAACUGGCCCGCCGCUCCAAUGCAAUGCUGGUGCUUCGGCAUGGAGCUGCCACACCCCUCCUAACCCUCAACCACCAGCAGCAACAACCAGGAGCACCCUCAAUACCCAAAGACACCCAGGCACAGAGCUCCACUUCUGGGCUAGAUGCUGAAUCCAGGAAGGCCCUCCUUACACAGGCACAGCUCCGCGCUGUGGAUCACACAAGGGGGAGAGAGGACAGAGGAAGAGAGGGAGACAGGGACGGGCAGGAUGAGGAGAUGAAGGACUCGGACAGUGAGACAGAAAUGUGCGAGGAGAGGCGGGAAAGUGUUGUUCCCAAGUCCAGCAGUAAACCCAGGGACAGGGAGAGAGACAGGGGCAAAGAGAGCAGCAGCAAGAGAGAGUGUGACAGUGCCAAGGAGACUGGAGAGAGCUCAGGCAGGUUGAGCGCCCCUUGCAGUUCAGCAGGUACAGAGUCACCCAGUCGCCACCUCUUCACGUCUGGACUGGGCAAGGCCGACAUCAAGUACCACCUGCCACCUGGGUUCAUGCCACCUCUCCCUGCUCUUCAUGCUCAGUCAUUGCCCUUUGGAUUCCCUUACGCCAACCCCUACUUUCACACGGGCUCUAUGGGAGGUAUUUUCAUGGACGGGGAGGACUCGGCUACAGCAAACCCUGUGGAGGACAUCAGCAAGUGGAGUGUGGAGGACGUGUGUGGCUUCAUAAGCAGCUUGGCUGGAUGUGCUGAAUACACACAGGUGUUUCGGGAGCAGGCCAUUGACGGAGAGACUUUACCGCUGCUCACUGAGGAGCACCUGCUCAACACCAUGGGACUAAAGCUGGGGCCCGCGCUCAAGAUCCGCUCACAGGUGGCGCGGCGUGUUGGCAGGCUCUUCUACAUGACUGGAUUCCCGCUGGCGUUCCCGUUUCCACCUUCUGCUGCCCUGCGCCCACCAGAACGGGAUCGGGAUCCCCUGACCACACCAUCUGACAACCCCCUGCCCCUCUCGCUGUCCCUUCCCCACAGACCCAUCUCCACCAGCAGUAGCUCUUCUCCAUACAGCGGCCCUACCCCAGGGUGCUCCUCCCCCAAGCAGGAAAACGGUAACGGCUCCACAGUGGUGGGACGAUAUGAGGCCAAAACUCCUUCGUAGGAGAGGACAGGCAGGGAGGAGUAGAGCAGACAGUGAGGGGGUCAACUUGAACCUGAGAGAUAUGACUCCCAGGCCAUAUUUACCAGACUCAGUCAUAAACUCCCCCUCCACCUCGGGACCUUUAAGCUGAAAUUUAUGGGAAAAUAUUGGACAGGAAUAAAAGACAACCAGGCGAUAUGGACCGUGUCCGGCAAACCAAUCAGCUUCUGAGUUCCUCUGCGGUGGCUGUAGCCAAGCAGAAUCCAAAGAAACUGGGUUGGAAGGGAGACACAUGAAGCGACAGAGGAAUAGAGAAAGAGGAAAAGGAGACAGCUGGUCACAGACAGCCUGCCAAAAAAAGGAGCAAAGCCCUGCCACAAAUGCGACAUUCUUGCAAGUCAGACAGUCAGACGCUAGCGGAAACUCUUCCUUCCUUUCUGGGCUGGAGGAAGCUCUGCUCUCUCACUUUCUCUCUCUUGUCUCUAUCUCUCUGACUGCUCUCACCACAAGCCCUGCAGAACCCAGGAAUUAAAAAAGAGAUGCCUCACCCCUCUUUUCUCUCCCUCCCUCCCUUCUUGCCCAUUUCCCGAGGCCAAACAGCAGCGUUCUGUCUUUUUAGAGGCUGGAAUUGAAUCAUAUGCUGAGCAGCAGCAGAUCUGACCAGCUCCUUCUUAUCACUGCAACUAUGCAUUCCACUGUCCUGAUACCAAAGAUGACCGGAUGUGUGGAAUUGGAAACACGUUUCACUAUGUGUCUGCUUCUUUUUUGCAUUAAUGGUCUCAGAGAAAGACUGGUCCAACAGGGGGAAUGCUAGGCUAGUGCCUCACAUGAUGGAUUCUAUUUGAGGUGACACAGGUGUCAUUUAUUGACAUAUAAAAAGCUUAAAAGUGUUGCUGAAAAAAAGCGGCUACGGUGUGUACGGCUUACGUCAUUGUACGCUUGUGUUGACUACUGUGGGAGGUAGGAAAAACAUGCAAAAUUGUACAGAGUCAUGCUUAAGAUGAAAAUAUCCUGAAGGUUACAUACGUGGUACUUUUACUUUUUGUUAAAUGUAGUUGCACGAAUAAGGUUUUCUUUACUGAAAAAUGUGACUUUGCUGAACUUUGGUGGUACUUUUGUUCAUACUUUUGUUUUGCCUUUUUUUUUUUAAGAAAAAGUGUAAUAUUAAAAGACGCUCCAAUCUUGAAUGCUACUUCAGCAUAUAAAUAUGAGGAAAAUAAUAUUUAUAGGACUUUUGAUGUAGUAGAUAAAACAGAUUAUGAUAUGUAUUAUAAUUAGCCCUUGAGAUGGAUUCCAAAGAUACUUCUACUUUGUUUUCUCUUGGUUGCAGGGAAAAGAAAGGCACAAAGCUCUUAAUGCAAAUGUUUUUGAAUUUGUUAUGGAUUCUUUUUUUUUUUUUCAAACUACGCAAGCAAUUAAUUAAAAAUGGUCUCUAGAUUUCCCUUCAAAGGCUUUGUCUUCAUCCUAUUUUUCUAUUCACCACACAGGUGAAA